AACAAACUACCAUGAAGAUUAUACAGCAGCGUGAUAAACUACUGUCCAAUUUUGAAGUGUAUCAGCAUAUAGUUGAUGUGCAAAAAGAGAAUUCAUGGGGAUUUACAAUCCCUAAGGUAGAGAAGAAGCGUAAACAAAAAUUUGAUCCAAGGUUACUAGAUUUAGAGAUAAUAACCCGUGAUCUGAGUCAAUACUUAGUGAAGAUGGAUCAGGGCAACGAAGUGAAAACUGAAAAUUUUGUGAAUCUGAUGCUUGUAUUGAACACCUUUGAACUUGAAGUGAUUGAAAAAUUGAUGAUUAUGAACUCAUUGCCAAGAUCAUUAGUCAAUCUUUAUGCGAUCAUUGAAGAAUGUGAGGGUAGGUUCUCACAGGAUCAAUGUGAAGAUAUGUUGCAAAAUGUCGAGAGAUACUUUCCGGCUCCAGUGAAUGAGGAGGAAGAGGAAGCGGACGAAGGAGAAGAAAUAGGAGAAGAUUUUGAAAUGCAAGAUGCCGGCGUGCAUGUGGCAAUGGAUGAGGAAGAAAAUGACGACGAAGCUGCAUUUGUACAAGCUGAUGAAUUUGAACAUGAAGGAUUCAAAAAGAAACAAAACGAAGAGAAAGAAAUAGAUGAAGUGGAAAGCUGAAUUCAGCUUACGACUAGAUGUACGAUUUUGCUUUUGUGUAUACAAUUACGGACAACAUUCGUAUAUGAUUAUGUAUAAUAAGUAUAUACUAAUAUGUAUGUAGGUAUGUGUGUGUCUAUUGAAGAUUAUUUAGGCUACAAAAAUAUUAUGCCGGCAU